GGGAUCUUGGGCCUGCAGGCACACGUCCAGGCUGAGUUUAAGCCGCAGGCCCAGGACCUCAGCCGCUGUGCACUGUGUGGGAAUCCAGGGCUCCCGUUACCACCUGGUCCCCGGCUUCCUCAGCUUUCCUGUUUAGGUACUGUCCGCUGAGCCGCCCGGCCCUUUGUCUCCUCCGUUUUCUCCGUUGGUCCUUCCUUGAUGCCGGUGGUUAGCUGUUCCUCACAGAGUUGUGCCCCACCAGCUGCAGCAGCACAAUGAACCCCAGUAUGAAGCAGGAACAAGAAGACACGAAGGAGAAUGUGAAGGGCAGCUCCGCCCCGAGGAGGACCCUGAAGAUGAUCCAGCCUUCCGCAGCGGGCUCUCUUGUUGGAAGAGAAGACAAGUUGUCCAAAGGCUUAUCCAAAAGGAAACAUCAGAAUGACCAGUUGCCAGCCAAGACUUCCAGCUCCAGAGUUGUUACCGGUUCAGAAUACAGUGAGAAUAAACAUCUCCAAGGAGUCACCCAGGAAGCUUUUGAUCUUAUGAUUAAAGAGAAUCCGUCUUCUCAGUAUUGGAAAGAAGUGGCAGAAAAGCGGAGGAAGGCUCUCUAUGAGGCACUUCAGGAGAAUGAGAAACUUCACAAAGAAAUUGAGCAGAAGGACAGUGAGAUCGCCCGCCUGAAGAAGGAGAACGAGGAGCUGGCAGAGUUGGCCGAGCACGCGCGGCACAUGGCGGAGGUCAUCGAGAGACUGACCGGCGAACCCCUGAAUGACGUUGACUCCCCGGAUAGUCAAGAAUUUGAUUCUGAAGAACCGGGUGAGGAUUCUGAAGCGGAAGACCCGGAAACUGGCAGGCACGCUGAAGACCCCGCCUCUUCCUCCACAGACCCCAGGCCGCGCACGUGAGGUUCACUGCUGUGUGACGCGGGGUGCCGGCUGCCGGGGUCUGCCCCCACUGGCGUUGUUUGUAACAGAGCGGGUAAACCGCGUAACGCGCAGGUGGAGUAAAGCUCAGUGUGAGUCCUGGGCCCUACUGUACUAAUACAAAUACUGUGUAUUUUAAAUCUGCAGUGUUUUAUGUAAAUAGUAUUUUCUUAGUUGUCAGGCACGGCUUGUGUAUAUUCUAAAUAAACGUGAAAUUUCAGUCUCCUGUC